GCCUGGCUGUAUUUUUUUUUUUUCACCUCUUCUUUGCGCCUUUCAUCAGAGGGUUGGAUCAGCAGCAUCAGAGACUUCCUGAUAGGGUGGAAAAAAAGCUCCUGUAGACUUUGGCUUGUGGGCAGCAGAGAGGAGGGACGGUGGAGUUUUCAGAGCUUGGGCUGUACUGUGAGCAAUAGGGAAGGGAUGGUGUGAUUCUGCGAGGAGACAGAGAGGAAGAGGGAGACGCUCUGGCAGCAUCACUGAACCCCACUCCCCUCUCCUCGAUUCCCCCCCCCCCCCCAACUGUCUGGCUGACGCUCUCCCCAAUAACGCGCUGUUUCAGUCAAGACUGGCGGUUUCUGGUGGGGGGACUCGGUGAUCAGGAAUCAUGUCACAGACUAGGAGGAACACGUACACCCGGACCACCAGCAGUGGCAGCAGCAGGAUGAGCUCGGACGGGGGUGGGCGGCCCGUCAAAGUGGGCUCCCUGGUGGAGGUGAUCGGGAAGGGGCAGCGCGGCACGGUGGCCUACAUCGGUACUACCCUUUUUGCCUCUGGGAAAUGGGUGGGGGUCAUCUUGGAUGAAGCGAAGGGCAAAAAUGACGGCACUGUGCAGGGCAAGCGUUACUUCACCUGCGAAGAGAAUCAUGGGAUUUUUGUGAGACAGUCACAGAUCCAGCUGGUUGAUGAUGGGGCCGACACAACGUCUCCUGAGACACCUGAGCCUGGCACUGGCAAGGUUCCCAAACGAGAGAUCCUGGAGACAGCCAAGUCCACUAAACUGCGAGGAGUGAAACCCAAAAAGGUGCUGCAUGUUUCUCUAACCUCGACUCCUGCACCCCGGAAGACCACGGCCAGAAGGCCCAAGCAGCCCAGCAGAACUGCAGGUGGGAAGGGGGCUGCAUCAGGCUCAGCUUCAGCCUCUGCUGGGGAGAUGAGCAGCAGCGAGCCCAGCACGCCGGCCCAGACCCCCCUGGCUGCUCCAGUCAUCCCCACCCUCCACUCCCCUGGAAACCCUCCAGCACCCAUUCCCAGCAAGGAGGAGGAGGCGUUGCGUGCUCAGGUGAAGGACCUGGAGGAGAAGCUGGAGACCCUGAAGAUGAAGCGCAUGGAGGACAAAGCAAAACUGAAGGAGCUGGAGAAGCACAAGAUCCAGCUGGAGCAGCUGCAGGAGUGGAAGACCAAGAUGCAAGAGCAGCAGGCCGAGCUGCAGAAACAACUCAAGGAGGCCAAGAGGGAGGCCAAGGAAGCCCUGGAGGCGAAGGAGCAUUACAUGGAGGAGAUGUCAGACACAGCAGAUGCCAUUGAGAUGGCGACGCUGGAUAAGGAGAUGGCUGAGGAGAGAGCAGAGUCUCUGCAACUGGAGGUGGACUCCCUCAAGGAGAAGGUGGAUGAGCUCACCAUGGACCUAGAGAUCCUCAAGCAUGAGAUUGAGGAGAAAGGCUCAGAUGGUGCAGCCUCCAGUUACCAUGUGAAACAGCUGGAAGAACAGAACAGCAGGUUGAAGGAAGCUCUGGUCAGGAUGCGUGACCUCUCUGCCUCAGAGAAGCAGGAGCAUGUGAAGUUGCAGAAGCAGAUGGAGAAGAAGAAUGUGGAGCUUGACACUCUGAGAAGCCAGAAAGAGAAACUGCAGGAAGAGAUGAAAGCGGCAGAAAGGACCAUUGAUGAGCUGAAAGAGCAGGUGGACGCAGCCUUGGGGGCAGAGGAGAUGGUGGAGACACUGACAGAGAGGAACCUGGACCUGGAGGAGAAAGUGAGGGAGCUGAGAGAGACAGUCACAGACCUGGAAGCUAUAAAUGAAAUGAACGACGAGCUGCAGGAGAACGCCAGAGAGACUGAGCUGGAGCUGAGGGAGAUGCUGGAUCUGGGAGCAGCGAGAGUCCGAGAGGCAGAGAAACGAGUUGAGGCCGCACAGGAGACCGUAGCCGAUUACCAGCAGACCAUCAAGAAGUACCGCGAACUCACAGCUCACCUGCAGGAGGUAAACCGAGAGCUGACCAGCCAGCAGGAAGCCUCAGCAGAGCUGCAGCAGCAGCCACCGGCAGAGAUGUUUGAUUUCAAGAUUAAGUUUGCGGAGACGAAGGCCUACGCCAAGGCUAUUGAGAUGGAGCUGAGGAAGAUGGAGGUGAGUCAGGCCAACAGACAUGUUUCUCUUCUGACCUCUUUCAUGCCGGAGUCCUUCCUCCGUCAUGGUGGAGACCACGACUGCAUCCUGGUGUUGCUGCUCAUUCCCAGGCUCAUCUGCAAGGCCGAGCUGAUCAGCAAACAGGCGCAGGAGAAAUUUGACCUGAAUGAAAACUGUGUGGAGAGAGCCGGCUUAAAGGGAGCCAUUGGUGAGCAGCUGAGCUUUGCGGGUGGUCUCGUCUACUCGCUCAGUCUGCUGCAGGCCACGCUGCACAAAUACGAGCAAGCUCUGGCUCAGUGCAGUGUGGAGGUCUAUAAGAAGAUUGGCUCUCUGUACCCGGAGAUGAGCGUCCACGAACGAUCUCUGGAUUUCCUUAUUGACCUGCUGCACAAAGACCAGCUGGAUGAGACGGUCAACGUGGAGCCGCUCACCAAGGCCAUUAAAUAUUAUCAGCACCUGUACAGCAUCCACCUGGCAGAUCAGAAUGAGGACUGCACCAUGCAGCUGGCUGAUCACAUCAGAUUUACCCAGAGUGCCUUGGACUGCAUGGCUGUGGAGGUGGGUCGUCUGCGGGCGUUCCUGCACGCGGGUCAGGAGAAGGCCGACCUCGCCGUACUGCUGAAGGAUCUGGAGACGUCCUGCAGCGACAUCAGGCAGUUCUGCAAGAAGAUCCGUCGCAGAAUGCCGGGAACUGACGCGCCCGGCAUCCCAGCAGCACUCAGCUUUGGACAGCAGGUGUCAGACACCCUCUCGGACUGCAGGAAACACCUGACCUGGGUGGUGGCAGUCCUCCAGGAAGUGGCGGCUGCCGGAGCUCAGAUGAUGUCGCCUCUCGGUGAACAGGAGGGGCUGUCGGCCGUCAAACUGGAGGACGUGGCGUUCAAGGCUGGAGAACAAAUCUAUGGAUCUCAGGGUGCCAACCCCUAUGAGUACCUGCGACAGUCCUGUAGCAUUGUCAUAGCAACCAUGAACAAGAUGGCGACUGCUAUGCAGGAGGGAGAGUAUGACUCAGAGAAGCCUCAAAACAAGAACCCUCCACCAGUAGAAGUGCGAGGAGCGGCUCUUCGAGCAGAAAUCACAGAUGCAGAAGGACUUGGCUUGAAGCUGGAGGACAGAGAAACAGUCAUCAAGGAGCUGAAGAAGUCUCUCAAGAUCAAAGGAGAAGAGCUGAGCGAAGCGAACGUCCGUCUCAGCCUGCUAGAAAAGAAACUGGACAGUUCAUCCAAAGAUGCAGACGAACGUGUUGAGAAGAUCCAGACUCGACUGGACGAAGCCCAGACUCUUCUGAAGAAGAAGGAGAAAGAGUUUGAGGAGACGAUGGACGCUCUGCAGGCCGACAUCGACCAGCUGGAGUCGGAGAAGGCUGAGCUGAAGCAGAGAAUCAACAGUCAAUCAAAGAUGACCAUCGAUGGGCUGAGAGGAACCGGGCCAUCAGGAAUCGCUUCCAUUGUUUCAGGAAUGGCUGGAGAGGAACAAAAAGCAAACAUGUCGUCUGGCGUUGGCUCAGGUUCGGGCGUUCAAGUGAUCGACUCACCUCUGCUGACUCAGCAGAUCGAAGCUCAGAGGCUCUGCAUCAAACACCUGAAGAACGCGAACAACAGGCUGAAGGCAGAGAAGAUGCGUGCUCAGCUCGCCUCUCUGCCCCCUCUCAAUGUGACCAAGCUUCCUUCAAGAGACGGACGUCCUGAAGUGCUCUCCAGCGCCCUCUACCGUAAGACCGACCAGCUCCUGGAGACUCUGCUGCAAAUGAGCGCCAACGUCAAGGUGGUGGACAUCACUGGGAAAUCUCCCGUGACCCCUGGUGCUCAGCUCCUGGAACAGACAGCUAGACUUCAGUCUCUGAAUGACACUCUGGACAGACUGAAGGACGAGGUAGCAGAACAUGUUGUCAACCUGCAGCCCGGAGCUCGAGUCUCAUCUGAUUUCGCCACGUUCCCUUCGACUUCAUUUGUUAAGGUGAAGGAGGAGAAGCAGGGCGACACUGUGCUGGUGGGUCGGGUCAUGGUGCCGUGUCCCCGCGGUCAGGAACAGGUCCACCGUCUCGUCCUGUCACAGUCGGAGCUGCGGAGAGUCCACAGUCUGCUGCAGACCUAAACACCACCUGUCCCGCUGUCCGCACCAAAACACGCCCCCACCGCCAACUUUGCCUCCAGUCCAGGCCAAACAAGUCAAACCAGGAGGCUUUUUUAGGUUAUUAGUGGUGAGAUUACAACCUGCAGCUCUGGCAUCAAUGUGCAUGAGUGAUGGCUAAAAUGUAGAGCUAUAAGUACAAAUUGAGUCUAUUUGUUAGUUGGUUGACAAACAGCUUAUUGGCAAUUAAUUUAGUCGUUGUCACAGUAACUUUUGAAGACUGAAGUCUUCCUCAGAUUUUUAGCAUUUUUAAAUUUCAGUGCUUUUCAUAUAUUAUUUAAGUGUUAGUAGAAUCUUUUUCCCUAUUUUAAAAGAACAGAAAAUAUCUGGGGACAUUAAUUCUCAGUGAUUAAUUUCAGUCUCUGUGAAAGGCUAAAGAGGAGGACACCCAGCCAAAAUCAAACUGCACCUGUUUGCACACGUGACAAUUUGACUGACGCCUCAUUGGCUGUAAAUUAGAACUUGCAUGAGAUCGUGACUCAUCUAGAUAAGAGAUACAAGCAACUGCGCUCCUGCAUGCUGCCCAGAUUCACCAAAUCUUUCUGCUGAAUAGGAAAUCAAGAAUCAAGAAUCAAGAAUGCCUUUAUUAGUCCCACAAAUGGGGAAAUUACAGUUAACAGAACAUCCAUCCAAAACAAAAACAUAACACAGACAGGGGGGGACAGAUGU